CGCUAUGGCGGAAGCAUCGGUUUUUCCUCUCCACAGAGUGGCGCGAUAACAUUGGUAGUGAGCAAAAUCACGGAAUGGUAGACUUUUCGUCUAUUGCAGAUCUCGUUUCGUCAGCAAUUGCCGACGAGAGCGACUUGCCAGGCAAUAUUUUGUGGGACCCAGAUCAAAUUCUUCCUUAUAACAUCAUCAAACAGGAGACGAAUGAACCAGCACCAACGGGAGGGACUCUCCUCAAUGCAGCCUUGAAGGCCAGUGGUUUAGGUGGAGCUCCGAAGCUGUUCGACGGUCUUGGUGGGGACACCAUGACGUCAGGCUUACAUCAGAUGCUAAUCCCUGGCAUUUCAGAGAGUCCCGAAGAUCAGGACGACAUGCUUCUGUCGUUGUACAAUACUCUGACAGCAGAUGGAACGGUAUGGCAGCCUGAAAAUGGUUUGCAGUCAAUGAUGUCAAUGAAAACGGAAGAGGAAAGUUUGAUGCAGCCCAAGACAUUACACAACUCGCAAUCUUCUUCUAUCCAAAGAUUUACGACCGCUAGUGCUGUAAGGGUUCAGGCUGUAUCAGCAUCACGUGUCAUUACGCCUGCUCAUCAUGGCAUUGCUUCUCAUCGGUUUGUUGGAAGUCGAGAAAUAACGUCGUCUCUUCUGAAAAGGACUCCAAAUUUCGGAUGUGUGACCACCAAGUCUCAUCAGGUGUUAACUGCUGCGUCCGGCGUUGGCAGUCCGAUGUCUGGGGUGAUGGUGAAAGAACUAAGUAAGAGAGAUGUGUCUCGUUUGUGGAACAACGAGGGAAUUGGCUGGCAAGGUGUGCAGACAAACGAGUCGACUAGUAAUGGAGUUGCGAAUGCGGCUGCAGCCAGUCAGGAAUUGAAUGAAGAAGAAGAGGAGGAGGUGGAACUCGGUCAAGCAGAUAUGUUCGCAGACUACAGGCCUUCAAAAUUGCAAAUUGGUAUGAACCAUCCUGAUCCUGUAGUGGAGACAAGUUCUAUGUCGAGUGUGUUGCCUCCUGAUGUUUGGUAUCAGCUGAAGCUACCAGCUGAAGUUAUUGAUGGACGCGUAUUGUCAGCACUACAGCUUGAGGCUAUUGUGUAUGCGUGUCAACAGCAUUGGCAUUGGCUUCAUGAUGGAACAAGAGCAGGUUUUCUACUAGGUGAUGGUGCUGGUGUAGGGAAAGGUAGAACAAUAGCUGGAAUCAUUUAUGAGAACUACUUACAAGGCAGAAAAAAAUCAGUCUGGUUUAGUGUAUCUAAUGAUCUUCGAUAUGAUGCUCUGAGAGACUUACGUGAUGUGAGAGCAUCAAAAAUAGAAGUUUACGGACUCAACAAAUUCAAGUAUGGAAAGAUUUCAGGGAAAGGCAAUAACAGCAUCAAGAAGGGUGUUGUAUUUGCUACGUAUCCGUCACUCAUCGGCGAGAGCUCAACUCAGGAAACGAAGUACAACACGCGACUAAAGCAACUACUUCAUUGGUGUGGCGAUGACUUUGAAGGAGUGGUUGUGUUUGAUGAAUGUCACAAGGCCAAGAACUUGUUUCCUGUUGGGUCGGGCAAGCCAACUAAAACAGCACUGGCAGUCAUGGAGUUACAACAGAAGUUACCAAAGGCUCGUGUAGUGUACAGCAGUGCAACAGGUGCAUCUGAACCUCGCAACAUGGGUUACAUGUCUCGACUUGGCAUUUGGGGCACUGGAACGCAAUUUCCGGCCUUCAGCGACUUUAUCCAGGCUGUUGAGAAACGUGGUGUUGGCGCCAUGGAGAUGGUUGCCAUGGAUAUGAAACUACGAGGAAUGUAUCUAGCAAGGCAGCUUAGUUUCAAUGGUGUGACUUUCACCAUCGAAGAAGCACCACUAAACAAAGACAUAAUUGAAGCAUAUGACAGGGCAGUUCGAUUGUGGGUAGAUGCAAGAGAGAAGUUCCAUCAAGCACUGAAUUUUCUUGACAUCGACAAGAAGGAGAGAAAGAUGGUGUGGGGUCAGUUCUGGUCUGCACAUCAGCGUUUCUUCAAGUACAUGUGUAUAGCAGCGAAGGUUGGUAAGGCUGUGGACCUUGCGAGGAAAGCGCUUAGUGAUGGCAAGUGUGUAGUCAUUGGUCUUCAGUCAACGGGUGAAGCCAGACUAGUGGAACAGAUUGAGGAUGCAGGAGGAGAACUGAGUGACUUCGUCUCAACAGCAAAAGGUGUAUUGCAGACUCUCAUUAACAAACAUUUUCCAGUGCCCAGCCAACAAACUAUUGCAGGAAUGUCAGGGGUUGUGUUUACAUAUCAACCUGGAGGGACUAGCAACAACAGAAAAAAGAAGCGAGGUUCUACUGGAAUUAAACCAAAUCCUAAGAGGAUGGUUGCUGCAGUGGAGGCGAGUGGCAGCAGCAACGGGGCUUCUGACAGCUCAGAGUCAGAGUCACCAUCGAAAUCAUUAGUGAAGGGUAUCUCGAGUCAAGAUGACGAGAGUAGUAUGGUGAGUGCUGCAGAUGACAUUUCUGAUGGCAGUUCUGAUGAUUUAGAAGACUUCAAUCCAUUCGCAAGUGUUGAUGGUGAAGACCCAUGGCUUUCACGUGAAGUACACAGAGCAAAGAAGGCCAAGAGAAAGAAAAUAAAAGUUGAAAAUGACAUGAACUUAGAGAGUAUUAUGACUAGUGCUGGUGUCAAAGUAAAACAGUUUGGUAUGCUGAACAAGGCGUCAACUCCUGUGGCUUCUCCAGCUUCACUUGCUGCUGACUCACUCACCAACUCAGUUGCCAAGUUGAAGUCUUCAUAUUCUCCGAGUCCAGGAAACGCAUUAGACACGCAACGAUCUAGUUCUUCGCUUAUUGGUCGUUCUUUCAAAGUUGAGAAGGAGCCGGCUCUUCGUGUGAUUCACAUGAAAGAUGAGCUGCUGGAGGAGAUUGAAGACCUAGGAGAGAAACUGCCUGCUAAUACACUGGAUCAACUGAUCGAUCAACUUGGAGGACCUGACAAAGUAGCCGAGAUGACGGGCAGGAAGGGACGGAUGGUGAGCAUGCCAGAUGGCACAGUUCGUUAUGAGUCGCGCAGUCGAGGAGACGUGCCACUGGAAGUGUUGAACGUCUUUGAAAAGGAUCGUUUCAUGCAAGGAGAAAAAUAUGUGGCAAUCAUAUCCGAAGCUGCUAGUUCAGGAAUAUCACUGCAGGCAGACAAGAGAGUUGCAAACCAACGGCGACGACUUCAUAUUACAUUAGAGUUACCGUGGAGUGCCGACAGAGCAAUUCAACAAUUUGGCAGGACACAUCGAUCAAAUCAGACCUCGGCACCUGAGUAUGUAUUCUUAAUAUCCGAGUUGGCAGGCGAACAGAGAUUUGCUUCUAUUGUCGCCAAACGGUUAGAAAGCUUGGGUGCUCUAACACAUGGUGAUAGGAGAGCUACAGAGUCACGAGAUCUCAGCAGAUAUAACUUUGACACAAAGUAUGGUCGCUUUGCUCUUGAGAACACGCUGAAAGCUGUUCUUGGUCAGAUGCUGCCUAUGGUUCCUCCUCCGUCUAGUUACAAUGGUCCGUUCUUUGCAGAUGUUAAACAAGCAUUAGUUGGUGUGGGACUAGUAGUACAAGAGUAUAGCUCUGCCUCGCUGCAGGACAGCAAGGAUCUGAACAAUAUCACUCGUUUUCUAAAUCGAAUACUUGGAAUUACCGUGGAGCUACAAAACAGCCUUUUUGAGUACUUUUCUGACACUCUGACUGCUGUAAUUGCGCAGGUCAAGAAAAAUGGAAACUUUGAUGAAGGAAUAAUGGAUGUUGGAUCCAGUGGUGAAAAGGUGCACAAGCAAUGUAGCGAGGUGUUUGAAGGCAACAGUUUGUCUGGAACGGCUAUGACCGAGCUGCACACAGUGAGUGUUGAACGAGGCAUAUCGUGGGAUGAAGCUGUCCAAUUGUUUUAUGAUGACAUGCAACCACAAGAUGGAUUCUACGUUAGCAAACAGGAGAGAACAUCAAGAAUGACAGCUGUUCUAGUCAAAGUUGUUCCAAGUCCUUAUAGAGUAGUGAGAGCAACAGUGUAUAAACCGAAUCUUGGUAAGCAGAUCAAGAAAGACAAGCUAGAAGACGUAGAAAAGAAGUACAGAAAGGUGGCAGUUUCCGCUGCUAAAUCAUUGUGGGAAGUGCAGUAUAAUGAGUCACUAACUAUUUGCACACAUUCGUUCUUACGGGGUCAGUGCAAGACUGUCAUAGUUGGCCAGAAAUGCGAGUUUGGCAAACGGCAACGGACCUACCAUGUUCUGAGUGGGUCUGUUCUGAGUGUUUGGAGUCAAAUAGAAUCGGUACUAGCUUCUCAGCCGAAGAGACAAUCACGAAUCCAGGUGGUUAGACUUCGAACAUCAGACGGUGGCAAAAUAGUUGGUGUAUUAAUUCCGGAGGGAUGUGUUGAUCGCAUGGCGCAGACGCUGCGUCAGUUGUCAAUCAAGAGUCAGAUGAGAAUUCUCUAGUCAUAGUCAGCCUGUGGUUGUGGUACAUUAUGCAGAGCUACGUUUAAGCGAAUUGUUGUGGAAGGAGGGCGUAUUUGUUCAGACUAACGCUGUAAAUAUCAAGUGAAAAUGCCAUGGAUAGGACUAUUUCAUAUUUUCGAAUAAUAAUUAAGUACUGUUUCUACACCGAA